AGCGUCUAAAUCCUGCUCUAAGCCUUCUGGCCGCUGUCUUCUCCCUGGAAAAGGCGACGGUCGGAGUACACACAUCGAUCACCGACACCACUUCAGCUCUUCUCCCAUGGCAUCCGUCGUCCCGCUCUCCUGCCCUUCGGCUUCCCUCUACAAACCCUCUAUCUGUUCCGUCUCUGCUUCCCCUCGAUUCCUCCAGAAGCGGCGAUUUGUCGUGCCCUCGGCCAUUUCCUCCAUCUCGCCGCCCAGCUCUUCUUCCGAUUCAAUUGUCGAGUCGCUGAAGGAGGCUGUCGGGCACUUGCAGAGCGCCAAAUGGAAGGACCUCUGGAGCAUCAACAGCUGGGUCGUCCUUGAUUACGAUCGGCUCGUUAGAACAGUCAAUCAGCUCGAGUUCCUAAUUAAAAGUCUUACCGAUGAACAGCUUAGAGCAAAGACUGUUGAGUUCCGCCAACGGUUGAGCCAAGGAGAAACUCUUGCCGAUAUCCAAGCAGAAGCAUUUGCUGUUGUUCGGGAAGCUGCCAGAAGAAAGCUUGGUAUGCGACAUUAUGAUGUUCAGAUUAUUGGUGGAGCGGUGCUUCAUGAUGGGUGCAUAGCUGAGAUGAAAACUGGUGAAGGAAAGACACUUGUUUCAACACUUGCUGCAUAUCUAAAUGCACUUACGGGAAAUGGAGUUCAUGUGGUGACUGUUAAUGACUACUUGGCUCAGCGUGAUGCUGAGUGGAUGGGAAGCAUUCAUCGUUUCCUUGGUCUUUCUGUGGGUCUCAUACAGGCAGGGAUGAAAGCAGAUGAAAGGAGAUCCAACUACAGUUGUGACAUUACAUACACUAAUAAUUCAGAACUUGGAUUUGACUACCUCCGUGACAAUCUUUCAGGAAAUAGAAGGCAACUAGUUAUGCGAUGGCCAAGGCCUUUUCAUUAUGCAAUUGUUGACGAAGUUGAUUCAGUUCUUAUUGAUGAGGGAAGGAAUCCAUUAUUAAUUAGCGGUGAGGAUAGGAAAGAUGCUGCCAGAUAUCCGGUUGCUUCAAAAGUUGCUGAACUGCUUGAACGAGGCAUCCAUUACAAUGUUGAGUUAAAAGACAAUUCAGUGGAUUUGACUGAGGAAGGAGUUGCUCUUGCUGAAAUGGCUCUUGAAACAAAUGAUUUGUGGGAUGACAAGGAUUCAUGGGCAAGAUUUGUGAUGAAUGCUUUAAAGGCUAAAGAAUUUUACCGGAGAGAUGUGCAAUAUAUUGUUAGGAAUGGAAGAGCAUUAAUUAUAAAUGAGGCUGCCAACAUGUCCUGUUGACAUUAUAUAAUUAGAGCUAAAAACUGGUCCAGCU